UAUAUCAAUUCCCUGCUUAGAUUCAGAUUCAGAACUACGUAUACUCUACUUAUAUUGCCUACCUCCAUGUUAGAUAAUGUGCGUCUCCUUCUAUUCCAUAUACCUAACUUUACGGUCUCGCUACCUCAUGUUGGUAGAAACGACAACAGAUACGACGCGUGUUGGCCAAUUGGCACUGAGGGUAUAUAGUCCACUGACGGGCUGCCAAUGGCAUCGCUCUUCAAGCUACCGGAUGAGCUCCUCGCAACUCUUGUCGAGACCUUCCCCUGUCGCGAUGCCCAGAUUCGAGCAUUCGCAACGCUCCUCUAUCCCUGCGCCGCGCCAUGCCGGAACCUGAUAGUAUAUGGUCCCGAGGCCACAGGCAAGAGUGCCAUCACGGCACGCCUGCUUGGGUUGCUACGCGACAGGCACUCGCGUCGUACCGAUAGUGAUGACGAUCGGAAUGGUGGCCUUGUCAACCACGCCAUCAUCAAGUCUGCCGAGUGCGUGACAGCCCGACACCUGUUCGAACGGAUUGUCGGCUCUGUAGGUGACGCGCUGCAAUGGAGGGGGGGGGCCGUUGGCCGCUGCGAGACUCUUGCCGCGCUCACGGUUGAGCUGGCCAAGAUGCUUAAGUAUGUUAAGCGGGAAGAGGGCUGGAGGUUCGUGUUAGUCUUCGACGGAAUCGACCGCCAGCGAGAGGCGCCACCCACGCUACUAGCCGCCCUUGCUCGAUUGCCCGAAAUUAUGCCUAACUUAACUACCGUUUUUAUCCUAACCACACCCUCACCGUCCCUCUUACGCGUAUCCUCUGCGCCGCAGCUCUACUUCCCGCCCUACACAAAAUCCGAAUACGUUACAAUCCUCUCUCACUCCUCGCGAUGCCGGCCGCCGACGGCGCUCCCGAACACGACACCCCAGGAGACAGCGGACCUGUGGGCGCGCUUCGCGGCCGCCGUCCACGACGCGCUCGCUAAACCCGCGUCCAGCACGCUGCCCGGGCUGGAGCGUGCCUGCGCCGCGCUGUGGCCUCGGUUUACAGCACCCGUGGCUGCGGGCACACAUCGCGCGCGAGAGUUCACCAAGCUCCUUGUCGCCGCACGGGCUUAUUUCCAGGAUGAGAGUAUGCUUGAGCCCGGCAUCGCUCUCGCCCCGCCCAACACGAAGUCUUCCACCUCGGGAGCCGCGGGUACGGCCAUGGCCACCGACAUCGCCAAAAAGAGGGGAGUAAUGGCCAGUAACAGCACGACAGACCUGGCGGCCCUGCUACCCCGGACGGCGCGCCUCCUACUCAUCGCUGCGUACCUCGCGUCGCACAACGCGCCGCGGCACGACCAAACGCUCUUCAGCACGUGGCACCAUCAGGGGCGCCGUGGCCGUCGCGGCGGGGCCCACCACCACGCCUCGAAGAAGUCGAGGCACAGGAAGAUCGCGCGUAAGCUGCUAGGCCCGAGUGCAUUCGUCCUCGAGCGCAUGGUUGCCAUAUACGCGGCAACGCGACGCGAGUGGAUUCCUGGUCCCGGCGCCGAUGUCGACAUGACGGACGAGAGCCAGGCGGGGAGAGGUAGCGGCUCCAGCGCCGGAAGCGUGGACGGAGACGUCGGCAUGGCGAUCGCGACACUGACUAGCUUGCGAUUGCUAGUUCGCGUCGGGGCGGGGAGCGUGGGAGCGGUAGGGAUAGGGGGUGGAGACACUAUGGACCGUGGCGGGAAGUGGAGGGUGGGCGUGGGGUGGGAGGUUGUCCGCAGCGUGGGGAGGAGUAUAGGAGUUGAGGUUGAGGAGUGGCUUGUUGAGUAGAUAGCAUAGGAGAACUAAUGGGGUAGGCGGAGGCGUGGAAUAGAGAGUUCUAGGCUACUAGGGGUCGAUAUCUAAAUGUGUAUUACCCAUGCACGUGUAUAUAGAGAGUGGCGUUUUGAAACGCGGCCUAGGAGUAGAGAAAUGAAGAGAACAUCCGACCAUCGUGAUAUCACGAAUACUUGGUAUAUAAGUG